CCAAGGUGUCUAUAGUAACUCAUCAUCUCCCAUUUCCCUCUCCAAAAUAGCUCUUCCUAUGGCUAAUUUUAGUAGCCAUGGUACGCAAAAGAGGCUUCUCAAAUACUUCUUCAACCUCCUCUCUUCCAGAGGGAAAUCAGGAACUAGAGAGUAUGUAUGACUACCUAGCAAAGGUCAUUCUGCUCGGUCCAAGUGGUGCUGGAAAGUCUUGUGUGCUCCAUCGAUUUGUGAAGAAAGAAUGGAGAGUGCUAUCGUCGCAAACGAUCGGCGUCGAAUUCUCCUCAAGAAUCGUCAAGUUAGGAAUCGGCCCUCGACGUACAAGGAUAAAGCUACAACUUUGGGAUACUGCAGGCACCGAAAGGUUCCGUUCCGUCUCUAGAUCUUAUUACCGGGGAGCGGCGGGGGCUAUUCUUAUCUACGAUGUAUCAUCUCAUACCUCAUUUGCGUCCCUUCCUACUUUCCUCAUGGAUGCGCGUGCUCUUGCAUCUCCCAACCUAACUGUGUUACUGGCCGGGAAUAAGAUGGAUCUCACUUCCGACAUCUCGCUCCAUGGUGACACCACCGAAGACGCCACUCGGCCUCCCCCAACACCGUCCAGCACUUCCAGCAAACAGUCUGCCUUUGCAUUCGGUUCUGUCCGCUCCACAAGUCAUCUAGCGACUGGGACGCGCAUGACCGCUACAUGUGUUCCCCAUGGCCGUGAAGUAUACUUUGAAGAAUCCUCCCGGUGGGCUGCGAAGUCAAACAUCCCAGUUGCCGUUGAAGUUUCAGCCCUCACUGGAGAAGGUGUGGAGGAACUAUUCAACCGGCUGGCCAGAAUUAUCUUAACCAAAAUUGAACUUGGUGAAAUCGAUCCUGACGAUCCCCAGAGCGGUAUACAAUAUGGCGACGGCGGUCUUUAUGGCCAUGGGACAAGCGAUGGUUCCAGCAUACGGAGCCGGAUGACUCUGGACAACGCAGUCCAAUUGCACAAUCGGAAUCCUCCAGGUGUAAGUAAGUGGAAAAGCGGCAUGAGAGAAUGGGAGGAUGUCUUCCGGUUGGGCGGAUCAUAUAAUAAGAACGGUGAAGGGUGCUGCUGAUCUUUCGAUCUUGCUCCUUUAUUGUUGUCUUCCAGCUGCAGCUAUUACCCUUGCUUUUCACCCCUUACAUCUUAUUCUCUCUCUUUUGCGAGUUUGGUGUAGUUGUUUCAGCUUACCCAUACCCUAUAACAGGUAAGGUACGCUCGUAUCUCUGUUUGAUUGCACAUUUACUUGCUGUAAAUGCCGUCUUAUUCUUUUUUAUCUUUUCUUCUUCUUUCCACCUUUCUUUCCCUGCCCAGGUAUGUCCGCCGGGCGCUAUAUCCCGCUCUAUUCACAUGGCACUCCGUGUAAUAGGAACAUUCCUUUCGAUAAUUGUAUAGCACGAUACCCCUGAUGAUUUUUUCUUGUUGGUAUUAAUUUAUAAUAUUCCACACUAGUUUAUCUGCAGAAUUGCC